CAAGGCAGAGGAUGUGGUCACCAGCUUUUGCAGCAUUUACUUCCCUCCCUGAGGAGAAAGAGGAAGCCAUUCCUCUCUACCUGACCCAGACGACCGAUGGAUCUCUUUCAACGGCUGCUGGGGACUCUGCAACAAACUGUGGAUUACAUUUCCACCUUCACCACCUAUCUCCUUGGAGAUGAAGCUCAUCCGGGGGCAGAACCAUCAGGAAGCACUGGGGAAACGGUGCCUCAUAGAAGCCACCAUGAACAUGAAGUGGAAGCGGCACGCUAUGGGGAUAUUUCUCCGACAGGCAAUCUAAAGGCCUUUGAAGGUCCACCCAUUGCAGAGAUAAUCUCACCCAACUGGGAGAUCCAGGAAACAUCGGAAAAAACCUUUAGUUGUGCUCAGGUGACAGAACCCAGUCUCAGACCUUCCAAACUGCCCUGCAAAUACGAGGGGAAAGAAGAUGUUGGCCGGAGGCUCUCAGAGCCAGCUAAUUUCCUGGCUGAUAUCCCAAAGCCAAGAUCCAUGAGAACUGGAAGCAUCCAGCAGAGAGACUUGGAAGGUACCUCAGUACCUAGAGGGCUCCAUCAUUGGGAACCAGAGGGAAGAGCCAGGAUGGGGGUUGUUCGGCAUGAUUUUCUAGAAGAAAUGGCAGACAUGAAGGAUUGGAAACCAGAGAAGCCAGUGGCCGGGGGGCAAGAACAGAAGGAAUUAGGAGGGUCAGGAAAGGCUGAGAGACUUUGGCAGAAGGAGGAAGAGGAGACAGAGGGAGAUGAGCAAAAGGCACCAGGUGGGGCAGAAUCUGAGGAGGAAGAGCAGAGGGGAUUGGAUGGAGCAGCACAGACAGGAGAAUUUCAACAGGGGGUGGCCAAGAUGGCAGAAAGCCAGCAACCAGAGGCUGACAGGCAGCUUAUAGGAGGGAUAAAGAUGGAAGACAAUCAGAAGAAGGAGCCAGAUAUUGAUGCAGGAAAUGAAGGAGUUCAGAAAGCAGUGCCCAACGGUGCAGAGACUGGAGGAGAACAGCAGGGAGGGCGAGGAGGAAAAGCAGAGUCCAGAGACAGCCUUCAGUGGGAGCCAAAAGAAACUGGGACUUUGGGAGUGCGGGAUGAAGAUCCAAAAGGAGUUGCAGAGAAAAGAGACAGACAGAGGCUGGAAGGGGCUGAGACAGAGGGGCACCAGCUAGAAGGAUCUGUGGGGAAUGAGAGGACUCGGUGGAGGGAGCAGGAGGAGAACGAGGGAGAUGAGCGAGUGGCAACAGUUGCGGAAGAGUCUGUGGUGGAAGAACAGAGGGGAGAUGGAAGAGCGUGGUCUGGGAAAUUUCAAGAGGAAGUGGCCAAGAUGGUGGAGGCCCAGUGGUUGGAGGCUGAGGGGCAACUUGCAGGAGGGGCAGAGGCCGAAAACUACAAGCAGGGGGAGCCAGAUAUGGAAGCUGAAGGGGCUCUGCAAGCUGUGCCAGAUGAUGCAGAUCAGCAAGCAGAAGCAGAGGUAAGGAGGAAGCUUCAUUGGGAGCUGGAAGAGACUUUGGAACAGCAUCCAGGGAAAGGGAACAGUCAGCAGCAAGGGCUGGAAGUGGCUGGAGAGAGGGAGGAACGCCAGCAUGGGGAGCUCGAGGGACUUGUGAGAAUUGAGGUGGAGACUGAAGAGGAAAAGUGGGAGUUGCAAAUGGUAGAAGCAACGCUGGAGACGGAACAGCAGACGGAUGAGACCUUGUUAGAAACUACAGCUCUUGAAGAAGAGGUAGUAGCAGCAGGGCGGGAAGACCCGGAAGUCGAAGGGCAGGAGCCAGAAGGAACCAAGAAGAACCUGCUGCCUGAACCGAUGGGGUGCAAUGCCCCUCUUGAUGCAUGUUGCCUUGCUGGGGCUGGAACCUUUCCAGCUGAGGUCCAAUCCCUCGACACAAGCGCCCAGAAGCAACGGGUGCUGCUCCGUCGUAAAAGUUCCAUCCGGCGGGCACCCAGCUUGAAGAGACCAAGGCCACCCAUGCAGACCCCACCGCUGGAGACAGGCAUAGUGGAGAACCCUCCAUUUCAACCACCGGCAUUGAGCAGGCCAAACCUGAGGCAUGCUGGGUUUGGUCCUGUGCACCCCAACAUGAUGGCUGAACUGCAGAUGCGCCUGCGCAGGCCCAAGUAACCUCACAAAUCAGAAGAGUUUGUGGGGUAAAGGAUCUGCAAACUCUUCAUUGCACCCAGACCCAGCCGCUAUGCCCAGGAAUUGCAGGAACCAAAACGGAGAGCUACAGGACACAGAAACAUGUGUUAUGUUAAGUUUUCCAGAGCAAAGGAAUAAGAAUUGUGUGAAAAUAGAAAAGAAAAUGCAAGGGAAAAGUGUGUGUGUUCAAGCUGCUCUCACCUGAAUGAGACAGUGGAACUGUUUAGCUGUGCAGGUGUCUGCUUACUACCCAUCUUCCAAGGGCCUUGUGGUUCCUUGCUUGAGUCUUUUUACAUGUUGCAGAAUUUCUUUAUUAUAUUUUUCAUCCUCCUGUAUUGGAGAAUCUUGGAAAAAGAGUUCCUUAUCCUUUGCUCCAUUUGCCUGUGCCUUUCCAGUUCUGGUCCCUACAAUGCUUCGCCAGACCUAGCAGCUAUAUCUAUGCAGGGAAGUUGCUAUCAGGCAUAUUGUCCUGGCUAUUUUCUUCUAGUCCCUGUCCUGAACACCAGCAAGGAACUGGGAACAGCAGCUCAGCCAAGACAGUAGCUGGAAGACUAUGGCAGUCAGAACUGGUUACACAAAGGAGAAAAUCCCUGUGAGGGGUUAAAAUGUGGUUGGGGAAAGGAUUUUCUGGCACCUGGCUGGAGAUGGGAAAUGGAACUAGACCCUUGAGCUUAUUUAUAAGAUGUUCAUGUGUGUAUACUCACACAAAGAUUUAAUGGGAUGUCCAGAAGGAUUUGUCUUCUGUCCACCUCACUUGAGAGGCCAGUCUGUACUGAGGAAGUUUGUACAUUUGUAAUAUUAUUUGGUCUAAUAAAAUGG